AUGUAUGAGAAAUUUGAACAGGGAAAACUUUUACAAGUUAGUUUGCUUGUAAACUUAGAAACAACUCUUCAAGCUUUUCAAGAAAAAAUAAACGAUAUCUAUCUCGAAUAUGCAAAACAGUAUAACAUUGACGAAGGAGAGUACCAUCUCGAUAUUAUUUAUGACAGGAAAAAUGCAACUGUUAAAAUCAAUAGAAUAGAAGACCUUGGAGAAAACGUUUAUAUUUCUACAAAAUAUAACAACUUGGCAUGGUAUAGAUUUAUGAGGAUGUUAAAUCAGCCUGCAGCAUAUCCAGUACACCCAGACUUUUAUGAAGUCGAAAACCCUAAUGGAACAUAUGAAAAUGUUUUCGACCAAGAUGCUAUUAUUGUUCAUGCUUCAUUUUCUGGCGCCCAAAACUCUUUCUUAUGCUUGGCAAAUGACUUUUACGAAAAACCUACAAAGUUAUACGAACCACCAAGUGGAAGUAUUUCAGACUUUCAAGUAUGGUUUACUACAGAUGGAAGAAAAAGAAUAAUUCCAUUAUACCAUGCGUUUUACUUAGAACUUAGUUUCAUAUACAACUACUAUCGAACGGUAAAAAUAUAA